GGGGGGCGGGGAGCGGGGCGCGGGGCGGGCGCGGGGGCCGGAAGGGGCGCGGCCCGGGCCGGGGCUGGACGCACGUGGGGCCGCGCUGGCCGCUUCGCUCUCCGCUCCCGCCGCGUCCAUGGCCACCGCCGGGACCCUCCUGCAAGUCUCGGGGCCUCGGGCCGCCGCGCCCGCCGCCGCCUCCAGCCCGCGGCCCGCAAAGGCCAAAAGGAAGCGCCCGGCGGCAGCCUCCGGGCAGGCCCCGGCGGGGAAGCGGAGGAAGAACGCGGCCCUGCUCAAGGCCCAGAAGGCCCAGAAGGCCGCCGCCGGGCGGGCCCCCAGGACGGUGCGGGGGAAGGCGCCUCGAGCCGCCCCCAAGAAGCCUCCGGCCGGCGCAGGCGGCAAGAGCCGAGGGCAGAGGCCGAGCGUCAAGACGUCGUCCCUGUUCAAGAACAACCCGGAGAUCCCGGAGCUCCCCAGGCCCGCCGUGAAGCCGGCGCAGGAGAAGGUCUUCACCUCGGACGCCUUCCAGGACCUGGACCUGCACCCGCACCUGAUCUCCACGAUCAACACGGUGUUGAACAUGUCCAGCAUGACCAGUGUGCAGAAGCAGAGCAUCCCCGCGCUGCUGGAGGGCAGAGACGCGCUUGUGCGCUCCCAGACGGGCUCAGGUAAAACCCUGGCCUACUGCAUCCCCGUGGUGCAGUCGCUGCAGGCCAUGAAGGUGAAGAUCCAGCGGGGUGACGGCCCCUAUGCCCUGGUGCUGGUGCCCACGAGAGAGCUGGCCCUGCAGAGCUUCGACACCGUCCAGAAGCUGCUGAAGCCGUUCACCUGGAUCGUGCCCGGCGUGCUGAUGGGUGGAGAGAAGAGGAAGUCGGAGAAGGCCAGAAUCCGCAAAGGGAUCAAUAUCCUCAUCUCCACUCCGGGGCGCCUGGUGGAUCAUAUAAAAUCCACAAAGAACAUUCAGUUCAGUCGACUGCGGUGGCUGAUCCUGGACGAGGCCGACAGAAUCCUGGACAUGGGCUUCGAAAAGGCCAUCACGGUCAUCCUCAACGCCCUGGACGCCGAGUGCCCUCAGCGCCAGAACGUCCUGCUCUCGGCCACACUCUCCGAGGCCGUGACCCGGCUGGCUGACAUCAGCCUGCACAACCCGGUCAGUAUUUCUGUGCUGGACGAGAGCCACAGUUCAGACGGCUCAGAUGACGACGAUGAUGAUGACGACGAUGACGAUGACGAUGACGAUGACGAUGACGACGAAGAUUCAGAAGACUCGGGGUCACAGUCGGGCGACGAGCUGGACAGCUUCGUGCUGCCCGAGGGCCUGGAGCAGCACGUGGCCCUGGUGCCCAGCAAGCUGCGCCUGGUGUCGCUGGCGGCCUUCAUCCUGCAGAAGUGCCGGUUCGAGAGCGACCAGAAGCUCAUCGUCUUCCUGUCCAGCUGCGAGCUGGUUGAGUUCCACUACACGCUCUUCUCCCAGACCCUGCAGCGUGGCACGGAGCCCCCCGCCCCGGGACAGCCGCCGGCGGCCUCGGCGCCGCUCAGGUUCCUGCGGCUGCACGGGGGCCUGGAGCAGGAGGAGCGGACGGCGGUGUUCCACGAGUUCUCGCGCUCCAGGAGCGGCGUCCUCUUCUGCACGGACAUCGCAGCUCGGGGCCUCGAUCUGCCUCAGGUCACGUGGAUCGUCCAGUACAACGCCCCGUCGUCGGCUGCCGAGUACGUGCACCGGGUUGGGAGGACGGCCCGCAUCGGCGCCCGGGGCAGCAGCCUGCUCGUCCUGGCGCCCUCGGAGGCCGAGUACGUCAGCUCGCUGGCCGCCCACGGGAUCAACCUCUCGGAGAUGACGGUGGACGACAUGCUGGGCGCCCUGACGCGGGACGACUGCCUGCAGGCCACGCGCUGGGGAGACCAGCACCCCCGCGCCCUCGGCCCCCCGGACGUCCAGGCGCGGGCCACGGUCCUGCAGACGGUGUUCGAGGAUUACGUGCACGCCGACGCGCAGAGGGUCUCCUGGGCAAAGCGAGCGCUGCAGUCCUUCAUCCGCGCCUACGCCACCUACCCGCGCAGCCUGAAGCACGUCUUCCACGUCCGCGCCCUCCACCUCGGCCACGUGGCCAAGAGCUUCGGGCUCAGAGACGCCCCCCAGAACCUUGGCGUCCCGGCCGUGAAGAAGAGGAAGGCGAGCCCCAGGAGGUCCGGCCUGGCCCAGAAGACGCCCAGGAAGCAGCGCCUCUCGGAGCUGCUGCGCUCGGAGUACGCCAGCGGCUUGGAGCCGGCAGCCAAGGCCGGGGAGCCCAGCCGGGCGGCGGGGCCCGGGCGCCCCGGCCCCAGCGCGGACGGAGGGGCUGCAGUCUAACCCGCCGGCCCCGCCCAGGGUCAGCAUCCUCCCGGGGGCCUUGUGGCAGGACCUGAGGACGCGGGCGCGGGGGGCAGCAUAGCAGGGUGGCCAGGCGGGCCCCUGUCCCUCCCCCUGGAGCCCCCGUUUGCCCCCUGUGCCUGCCCGUCGACCCUCCCCGGACGCGCCGGGGACAGCCUGGGAGCCUUCUAGGGGGACCCUGGGCCGCUAGGGCAGAGCCCCCAGCCGAGAGCUUUCUUAGAGGGAGGGGGUGGGGGGGGAAACGAGUAGUUUGUAAACGCAGAGAGAAAUAUCACUUAGUAUUCUUUUUCAUUUUCUUCUUUUUUUUGUUUCUGUGUUUUUGGGCCCCGCCCAGUGGUGCUGGAGCUUGGGGGGCUGCUCCCAGCUCUUCGCUUGGGGGUCGCUCCCAGCGGUGCUUGGAGGACGUGUGUGCUGGCCCCAGCCUUUCCCCCCACCCCGCUGCGUUCCUCACGCACACAGCCACACCCCCAGCUUGCACCUCAGACGGGCCUGGGCCACCCGGGUCCCCGCCACCCCCACCAGGCGCUCCCGAGGCUCGGAGCAGCCCCCCUCCCGGCCCGUGGGUUUCCCAGUGAGUCAGUUUGGACGGGGCGGCCAGGCUGGAGUGUCCAGGUGGGGCCACGUCUGCACAGCACAGCACACCGCGGGGGGGGAGGGGGGCUCAGGCCUGGGCACCCUGGGGCCAGUAGGUGCCUCGUGUAACCGGAAAGAUGACAAUAAAGCAAGCCUGCCA